GCUGUCCAGUCGCUUGUUCGCCCAUGAGCGAUGGAAGCGCGCCCCCGACACUUCAGGUGAAUGAGAGAGAAGCAGAGGAGCGGGACACUGCUCUCGGCGCGUCGCACUGAAGAGGAACAAUUAGGAAAAUGAGUUGUAUUACGUCGCUUGGGGCGCAUGCUUUGAUGACAACAUGUCUCUUUUUCGUGGUGGGAUGCGUUGCACAGAAAGUUUACUUUGACUGCGGUGCUAAGGUUGAAGUGGUGGAUGUUCAAGGCCUCAUUCUGUCCCCUGGUUUCCCCUAUAACUACUCUUCUGGGACUCAUUGCGUUUGGGAGUUCAUUGUGCCUAUUGAUUACCAGCUAGUUCUGGAGAUUUUUGACUUUGAUGUGUUUGAAAGCCAUGACUCUACAGCCAAACAUUCUACUGUCUCUAAGUUUGAAGAAGCAGAGGAGGAGGUAACCUUCAUUCCAGACAAAGCCUUGUCUGUUGUAGAAGAACCAGUGGAUCCUCAUACUCAAGGUGACAUCUCAAAGGCUCAACAAUCUUCCCAAGAUGGGGAUAGCAAGCAAGUUGUACUCCAAGAACAAUCCACAAAAAUGGAGAUUGCCAAAGUCUUGAAUUCUGCCAAAAGAUCUGCAGAUUCUCCCUUGAGCCAGUCUUCACAACCACCUCAUUCUUUCCUCAUCCAACAUAGCGACACCCCUGCAGAGGACAAGGCUGUCAACUCUGCCAAUCUCAGUUCUAACUCAAGCUCUAUUGUGGGGGAGACCACCCUUCCUUCACCGCACUUCACUGAAACUCCAGCUGUGAGCCCCGAGACCCAACAGUCUGUGUUGGAUGUCUGUCCUCAUGACGUUCUCUACAUCUCAGACCUCAUCACUUUUUCAUCAAGGUUUUGUGGGGCCAACCGACCCCCUGGCAGCCAGCUGGUUUUUGGCUCAAACCAGGCAAUGAUGGAGGUCAUCAUGGAGCUGAUAACCACCACUCACUGGGGGCGGGGUUUCGCUCUUCUCUUCCACUACCAUAACUUGACAGAGUCAGAGAGCAACCAACGAGCCACGUAUUCGUCAGGCAGCAACGCAGACUCUGUACUGGCAGCUGUAAGCGGAGCCACUUUCUUCGUCAUGAUACUUACAGGUGUCCUCUGCAUCAUCUUCAGACCCAAAUUGUGUCCAAAACGAGCCAGUUCCUGCACAUCCAGCAAUUCUGAGGUGUCUGAAGGAGUUCGAAACACAGCUGGGGAGGUCAGCGAACUGCACCUAAUGGCUGAGAAUCAGGUCGACCCAGAGAUGGUUGUAGAAGCGGACACAAACAAUGACAGCCCCCCACACACAGCAGUCAUUGCAGAUGGAGAUGAUGCUCAUAACACCGAGGUGGACCUUUCCUGCUGCGGUCUGACGGAACUCGACCUCGGCGCGGACGAGGUCUUCAUCGUGUCGUCAAACACCACCCCAGGUGGAUUGCCCUUCUCCCCACUCACACAACCGGAACGAUUUCUGCGACAUAGUGACACUGGCCCCGGUCCAGCAGGUGACUGGCCCUCAGCAGACUCAAACAGCUCUCCUAUCGGUGGCAGAUCGUUCAAGGAGAGCAGCGGUAGCUGCUCCAGACCGAGAGCGUGGAGCGUGCGCACCUUCCAGGACUUCCUCCCCCCUCUGCCGCAGCUGCACAGGAAGUGGUGCAGCUGGAACUCUACCAGUCCCUUCACCAAGCUGGUGGACAGCGCUCCACCCAGUUUGGGAUCUGAUUGCAGAGGGGUCGACAGCCGGAAGGUUUUCUCUGACGUCCACCUGGAGGCCAAUGCAGAUUCUAGCAACAUCUCUGACUCAUCCAUCAGCAAUGCCUCCUACCCGCUCACGCAGCCGGCGCAAAGGCAGCGGCGUCUCAACUCCACCAGCAACCUGCUCCGCUCUCGCUUCACAGGACCUUGUUUUGGCCUCCUUACAGAUAACAAAAGACCCACCGAAGGGGUUCCUCCCAGCUCCCCAUCAGAGCCCACCCAGGGCUUCUCCUCCUCCACCCAAUGUCAGACUGAAAGUGGCCAAACUGGAAAGAGGCGUGAUUUCCCAAGCGAGGGUGAUCACAUCAGUGUGCCCGUCUUUGCCAUCUCAGAAGAGGAGGACCGGCAGCCUCUGGUCUCAGCUGAACUCCUGGACCAGACGUCUGGCUCUGCAGCGCAGAACGGACUGGUUCCGGGGACAUUUGAUGGUAAGAAAGCUCCAGUGGGGAGCCUGAGCCCAAAAAGGGCCAGACCAGAGUGGAGGCCAUGGGGGAGUCAGGUGUCCGGGGGGGUGUGUCCUUUCCCUGCGAGUGGAUUUACAGAAUCAAACGACAGCAAGCCUUUCAUCAGUCUGUCCACGGGGCUGCUCACGGUCACCAACCAGAUGUGACCACCACUUUUUCACCACCGGACUCUGUUAGUGCCACUGUGAAAAAUAACCUCCUGCUCAUCCCAGAUAUAACCUACUCCAUAGCUUCCUGUUGGCAGAUUAUAUAAAUAUACGUCAAAUCAUGUCAUAUGCUGCUUUCAAUAUCAAGGCACUGACUGCUGUUGUAUUUUCUUUAAAGAAAAAAAAGACUUUUGCGUUAUAUUUUUUUUUUCAUGCAAGCUCUUCAAAACUGCAAUGUUUGUAGCACCUUUUUAACCCCAUGUAUAAAAUAGUUUUAUGAUAACAACUUAAUAAAAAGAUUUUAUCAGUUACCCAAAAGUAUUAUACAUAGAAUAGAGCCUCAAUUUCCUACUCUAGAGUCUGCUCAUGGAUUAUUAAAGGGAAAGCUACAAAAGAGUCUAAAAAGUACUAAUAUACACUAUUAUUGUAGUUCAAAUAAAAAUAAUGGCAUUUAAGGUGUUUGUAAAUGUUUGUGAAGCUUUAAUAAAAAGUUGUUAACAA